AGGGAACCAGUUAUGCAUACCUAAUAAGGCGUUAAACCCUUCAUCUAUGAACGAACAGUUUGAUAUGUAAACAGUAUCCAUCAUGAUUGAUCUAAGUAAAAUAAAGGAAGAUUUUUCUGUACUGGUAAAGGAGGCUCAACCAUGGACCCUUACUCAGUUUGUCAUGUGGCUGGACCUCAAAUUGUCAGAGUUCAAGAUUAAAGGAUACAUGGUCUUAGAUCAUAAUAUCAAGACUAAACCAAAGUGGUUGAUAGAAGACAAUAUUUCUGGUGAUAUAACCCCAAGUCCAGCACCAUGUCAAAAUUGUAAUAAACCAAGACGUGAGGAAAGACAAUUUUAUUCUGAUAUUCAUGCAUCUCCAUCUGAGCUACAGUAUAGGACUGUUACAAAAAAUGCUUCUGACAAUUCUCAGCAACAGUUACAAGAUGACACAAGUAUUCGAGGAGAAGUUGGAAUUAUUGAUUUAUCAGAUGGAAUAGCACAGAGAAAAAAUAAUAAUCAAACAUCAGGAAGAACUGAAAAUAUUCAAGUUCAAAGUUAUAGACAACUUUCUUCACAUGAUUAUCACAUGGGAGAAAAAGAAUCAAAUUUUCAAAAAAGUGAAAAACGGCCACGGCCAGAAGUCAUAGAAAUAGACGCUCCGUCGCCACAAGAGAAACGUUUCAUUUCAGGAUCUAAAUCAUUUCAAAAGACCAGCACACCAGUAACAAGUCCUCGUGUCUUACACAAACCUAAAAAUAGACAAUCAUUAUCAAUGGGAACAGCUAUAUAUACAUCUACAUCAUCAACAACCACACCUACUUUCUCAACUAGUUAUUCAAUGUCUACACAAAGAAGUGCUCAGUCUAACAGGAACUAUGCUCUUGGAGCACCACCCGUUACAUCUAAUGCUUUCUCAACGUCAACAAACUUAUCAGACUUUCAGAAUCUGGAAAAAUUAAUUGCACAGACUAGCCAAUACAAUGAAUCACUUACAUCCCAUAAUAUUCUGCCGUCUGGUGUUUUAGAACAACCUAAAGGAUUUGGUAAUUCUCUGGGGCACCGACAACCAUCACAAGUUAGUGUAGCGGAGCCUCAAAACAGUUUUGGACAGUCUACUUUUAGUGAUAUUAACAUACAACCAACUAGCUUUAGUGAUACUGUCGCAGAUCAGUCCCAUUCACAGUUUACUAUUACUACUAACCAAGAACAGAACUUAUAUAAUCCCCAAAGUGAAGCCGUUCCAGUGGCUCUCCAUGUUAUCAAUAGAGAAAAUUCUGUUGGAUCGGUACCAUCUACGUCAGAUAUUACUGAAAUCAAAAUUGAAUCAGAUUCAGAGGACAAUGUGAACGAUUCAGUUUUAACAGAUGCAAGCCUUGCAAGUAUAUCACAACCAUCAUUAAUGGACACACUACCAGACUCACAGCAGCCUUUACAAAGUCAAUCACAGUCCUUUGCUGAAGAGCCUGGAGGCCUCCCUAAACAAGGUUUAGUGGACCCAGAAACGGCCAAAGCAUAUCAGAUGGUUGAAUUGGUCAAUGGCAGUGGUGUUUAUGUAUUUGAUAAAAACAUUCAGCAAGCAUUUAAAGUAGGAGCAGAGAGUCAAACUGGAACAUACAGUGGAGAAAAAAUGGCUCGAUAUCUUCUAAAUGUAUUCUGGUCAAGGAAAGAAUUGGUUGGUGCUACAUUGUCUAAAGCUGGACGAGGGAAGAAAAUUUUAAACCAACAAAUAAUAGAGGCCAUUCUAGAUUUUUGUCAAAGAAACAGUCGUCAUGCCAAACCAGCUGUCAAAGCUGUUCUUCAUCACAAGAUUUCUGCAACAAACUUUCGUGAAAAACAAAAAAAUAUUGUUUUGUUAAGAAAAAUUAAAAGUUCUCUACAGGAGGAGUUGUGAAGUCUAAUUUUUCUAAAAUUCAUAUUUUUGUCAAAGCAACAGUCGUCAUCGCUUACCAGCUAUCAAAACUGUUUUACACCACAAGAUCUCUGCUUCAAAUUCUUAUGAAAAACAUAGAAAUAUUAUUAAGAUGUACAAUAAAAAAAUACAGGAGCAAUCAGCUGUAUCAGAUUCAGAUGAAGACUAGUGUUUUACAUGAUAUUAGCUGCUGCUUUUGGUUGGAUAGAAAAACAAAAACAAACUAAAAGACACAGAAGAUGAUUUGAUAAUUUGUGUCGUUUUAGAUUUUUGUAAUGGAAACAGUAGUCAUUCAAGAUCAGCCAUUAAAACAGUGCUACACCGCAAGAUGUCUGCAAUUGAUUCAAGAGAAAAACAGAAAAAAAUUGAACAGGAAACUGCAAAUGCAAUGAAACAUUUUUAUAAUUGAAAUUUCAUUUAUAAUGAACUUGAUUGUAUUUGAAAAGCUAUGUUGUCUGUAAAGGAGCACAGAUAUUGCUUUUAAAUGUACAAUUGACUCUCGUAAUGUUUAACUCUUUUAUGUCAAAAUUCUUAUUAUCUGAAAGUAAUAUAUUUGUCCCAGUUAAUAUAUAUUUGCAUUAGAUUUAAUCCUGAUAUCUCAAAUUCAUGCAAAUUUUUCUGAAAUUUGAUUGGACUGACAAAAAUAUCUCAAUUUUAUUUUGUCAGUCUGAUCAACUUUCAGAUAACGUUUAACAUCAAUGGUAAUUCAAAUGUAUGUUCAGAAAGAGAGUAUGUUGAUUUGAGAUGAAUAAGAAUUCUGCUUUGUAAAAGACAUUUGGAACUGGAUUUUAAUGUGUUCGUUCAUUAUGUAACAGUCCACAGAAAGACUUGCCACACUACCUGGACACAUGAUUCUGACUCAAGUCAUUUCUCUUACUCAUAAAUGUUGCUUGCUUAGUGGACAAAUACGAAAUACCAAUUUUCAAGUCUUUGGUUUGACACAGCCAGGAAUAGAUCCCACUACCUGCUGCUCUGGAGGCGAGCACAUUACCAUAUGCUUAAUGAUGGGGUUUUCAGAAUCGACUGUACUUGAUUUGCUCGACUCUUUUAGUAAAACUGCAUUGGUGACCAUCAAUAGCCUAAAAAUACUGCACUACUUUAUAGUUUCUAACACUAAAUGGCCAUGUAUGAAAUUUCUGUUGCAUUUUUCUAAGAAAGUACAAACAAGUGCUUACUACAAUUUGUUAUCCAGCUUAAUUUGAACAGGCUGUACCGUGUAAUGUAUUUUCAAAUCCAUUGCUCUUAAUUUUCUUGCUUAUCUAACACUUAAUGUUGGGGUAUCAUAAACUCAUCAUAGAUACCAGGGUUAAAUCGUCAUUAGUUAGCAAUAGCUAACAGUUCUACUUGUGAAAUUGGGACAAGUAAAUUAUAAAAUUUUAGAAUGUUGUUCUUUUAUUUUGUUUUAGCAGAUUUGUUUUGCCAUUUCAAUUUUUCGCUCAUUUUCAGAUUCAUCGAAUAUGAUAUAUGAUUGGUGUUUUUUAAUGUUAUACACUUAAUAUAUCUAUAAUUACUUUUAAACUUUUUCAUAUUGUCAUAAUUGUAGUUUAUGAGAGAUUUAUGUAUCAAUUAUAAUGAAUCAAAGCUGUAUGUACAUAUGACAACAUUUCUAACAUAUUGUAAAUUGUGGAUUAUCAAUUCAGUAAAUAAAAGGCAUAUAGAACU